AUGGCGACUUUACUCCCUCGGUCUCUUGGUUUAACUCUAACUCAAACUCUUAUUUUGAAAAAUGGAACUAAGUUGUUGGUGGGAGCGGCAAACAAUAAUCUGCCGAACAAGCAGCAAGUACGCAACCUAAAUGUCCACGAAUAUGUAAGUUAUACACUACUACGUGACAAUGGCAUUCCAGUACCUAAAUUUAAUGUGGCGAAGACCAAAGAAGAGGUUGUAAAGUUUGCUACAGAUCUCAACUCAAAAGACAUAGUACUCAAAGCCCAGGUACUGGCAGGUGGUAGAGGAAAAGGUGCUUUCAAAAGUGGUCUGAAAGGCGGAGUCAAGAUGGUAGAUACACCUCAGAUCGCCGGCGAUCUAGCCAGUAAGAUGUUGGGGCAGUUGCUGGUGACGAAGCAAACCGGCGCUGCCGGACGUAUUUGCAACAUGGUAAUGGUUACCGAGCGCAAGUUUCCACGCAGAGAGUUCUACAUCGCUAUCAUGAUGGAGCGUAGCUUCAAUGGGCCUGUGAUCAUCGCGUCUUCACAAGGCGGUGUAAAUAUUGAAGAUGUGGCUGCAGAAAAUCCUGACGCAAUUACUUACGAACCCAUUGACAUUGCCAAGGGAAUUACUGACGAACAAAUUAAAGGCGUUCUCCAGAAGAUUGGUCUCGAUACACCAGACGCCAACGCAAUGGUAAAGCAGAUGUACGACCUGUUCUUGAAGAAAGAUGCUCUUUUAAUUGAAAUUAAUCCUUUCGCCGAAGACGCUCUUACAGGCAAAUUUUUCUGCCUAGAUGCUAAGUUUAGAUUCGACGACAACGCCGAAUUUAGACAAAAAGAACUGUUUGACUAUCGAGACACAACACAAGAAGAUCCCAAAGAGGUUGAAGCUGCUAAAAAUGACUUGAAUUACAUUGCACUUGAUGGUACUAUUGGAUGCAUGGUAAACGGCGCCGGUCUGGCUAUGGCCACUAUGGACAUAAUCAAGUUGUAUGGUGGAGACCCAGCAAACUUCCUUGACGUCGGUGGUGGUGCUACAGUAUCCGCCGUUACGGAAGCAUUCAAAAUUAUUUUGUCUGAUCCGAAAGUGACAGCUGUGUUGGUGAACAUCUUUGGUGGUAUUAUGAGGUGCGACGUCAUUGCCGAAGGUAUUGUCACUGCAGCUAAGACUUUGAACAUUCAGGUUCCAGUUAUUGUUCGCCUCCAGGGUACUAAAGUGAACGAGGCAAGGAAAUUAAUCGCAGAAUCCGGACUGCGUAUCGUGCCCCGUGACGACCUGGAUGAGGCGGCUCGUCUAAUCGUCCAGCUUGCAGAAAUCGUUAAUCUCGCUAAGAAAGCUGGAGUUGAGGUUCACAUAUCCAUGUCAAAAGGCGGCGGAAGUGGUGGAAAAGGUACAGGAAAAUCUGAGGAUCCCUGUAGCAAAUACACACGAAAGCCCUGCACGUGUUAA